GAGAAACACUGCUCAACACGUUCUCUUUGUUUCAAGGUCAGAAGUAAAGCCUCUCUUCAGUAUGGGCUUCGACUACUUCACAAUAAAACAAUUCAUUAAUUAAUCAUCAGGUUUGACUCUAAUCACUGAUAGUUUGCUACUAGUCCAUUCUUUGGAUUAAGAUAGAACAUGGUGUGUUCUAUUUUGGCCAAAGAUUAUCACCAGGUUUAUUCCAGCCAGUAUAAAUUAGGCUUGUCACUAAAUUUCAGAGGAAAAUAGAACGGGAAGAAAAGAAAUUGGUUCAACGCUCCACUUGUGGGAGAUUUUGAAGGAGGUUUAAAUGAUUUGAAUAAUUUGUGCAAAGCCAGAACAGACUAUGGCAAAGUACAAGGCGGAGGAAGAGAAGGAAGUGGUCAAAUACUUUAGCGACGUUACUUCCCUCUCUGAGGAGAAAGGGGAAGCCACUGUGUACCUUCUGUCCAGCUAACCCAGCAGCCCGAUGGAGCACCUUCGAUCAUUCUUGGGGAGCCUGCAACAGGCUUUGGAUUUUAUUUCCUCAUUCGCUACUUACCUCCUUGGAGAUGAACCUCAUCCAGGAGCAGAAGAGCCAGAAAGCGGAAGGGAGAUGAAGAAUUACCGAACCCACCAUGGCUCUGAAGUGGAAACAGCACACUCUGGGGACGUUUCUCCACGGGAACAUCUGAAGGUCACUGAAGGUCCUUUUACAGUGGAGAUAAACCCACUCAGUCAGGAGAUCCAGGGAACAUCAAAAACUGCAGUUACUGGUGAUCAGACAAUGGAGUCCAUUCUCAGAUCUUCCAAAUUUCCCAACAGAUGUGAGGGACAGGAAGAAUCUGAACAAAAGUUCUCAGUGUCUUCUGCAUCUCUCAGUGACACCCCUGGACUAGGGUCCAUGGCACCUAUGACUGGCAGCAUCCAGCAGACACGCUUGGAGGAGCCAACCAUGACUGGGAGACUCUAUCAAAGAAAGUCUGAAGAAUCCAGCUGGAAGGGGGUUGCACAGGAAGAUGUGACAGAGGAGGUGGCAGAUGCAAUAUGCAGUCAGUAUUGGAAGCCAGAUGCACUUUUGGCAGAAGGAAGAGAACUUGCGCAAAUGGAAGAGUCAGGAAAGCCAGGGAUGGGUCAGGAAACAGAGCAAGACAGAUCUGUAUUAGCUGAGGGGACUAAGCAAGGAGCACCAAGUUGGUCAGCGUUUGUAGGAGAACAAAAAAGAGGGCCUGAAGGGGCAGAUUGGACUAGGGAAAUUCCUCAAGGUGGCUUGGAAGAGAUGGUCAAGAUUAUGGGUAAUCAGCCAUUAGAGGCUGAGAAAGAACAGGAAGAAGCAGGGAUGGGUGAGGAAGAACAGGGAGAGAUCAAUACAGCAGUGCUAGACAGGGCAGAGGAUGAGGGAGAUCAGGUAGAUGGGCUUGAAAGAAAGACUAGGAAAAGCCAGACGUGGGAAGGAGAGGCAGAAAGAAUCACAGAAGACCAGGACAGAGAGGUGGAAAAUAUAUUGUGGAAUGAGGGAGUUCAAGAAAAGCUACUUGAUUGGGCACAAUGUAGAGCAGAAAAGCAGAGAGGACAAAAAGAUGCAACAUGGGCUGGAGGGGCUCAACAAGAUGGGUUGGAGGAGAUGGCCAGGAUGGCAAAGGACCCGCAGUUGGAGGUUGAGAAGGAACAGGAAGAAGAUACAAAAAUGGAUGGGAACCAGCAGAUAAAAACAGGUGUGACAGCAGAACCUGAAGGAGACCAGGUGAAGAUGCUAGAAGAGAAAGAAAAAGGUGACAGAAUCUGGAAUUUGGAAGAAUGGAUAGGAGGAACUGAAGAGGGGAAGGAGAGGAAGCUGGAUGAAAAGGAAAGAGGACUAGAGGGAGUCACAUGGACAGAGAAACUUCAGUGUGAUGCACUAAAUGUUAAAAUAGUGAAGACCCACCAGCUGGAAUCUGGGGAGGAACAGGGAGAAGGCAUAGAGAUGGCCACGGAACAGCAGGUAAAGAGAGAGAGAGCACCAGAGAAGGAGGGAGUUCAGCAACCACUCCUGGUCAAGGCAGAGAUGGAAGCAAGCCAGAAGGAGAUGUUAGCAGGGGAAGAAAAGGACAGAGAUUUUCACUGGGAGCCAAAAGAUGCUGUGAUUAUGACAGAACAGAAAGGGGAGGCACCAGAAUUGGAAGAGGGUGGGAAUGGUCAGCAGGGAGACUUCCCUGAGAAAGGAAAGACAGAAGAGAAUCUGCAGCAGGAAGUAGAGGAAUCUGUAAAAAAUGAGACACAGGCUACAGGGGAAAAACAAGAACAGCAAACUCUAGAAGAAUGGUGGGCAAGUGACCAGGAAGAGCAGCCUGAGAGAUUGGCAGAUACUAGUGGUAUUAGUGAAGAAAUGCUGGAAAUGGCUGAGGCUGCAGAGGGCCAGUCAAGUCAACUGGGAGAGACUACAAAGAACCUGGUGUACACAGCUUCUAUUGAUACAGACCUCCUGGCUGGGCCCAGAGCUUUUCCAGAUGACGUCACAAUGCUGGAUAGCAGUGUCCAAAAGGAACGGGUGUUGCUACGUCGUAAAAGCUCCAUUCGACGAGCACCCAGCUUGAAGAAAUCAAAACCAUCGACAGAAGCUCCAGCGCAAGAGACACAUAUAGCUGAAGAUGCUCCAUCUCUACUGGAAGUGCCAAGGAGACAAAACCUAAGAUUUUCUGGGUUUGCGCCUAUGCACCCUAAUAUGAUGGCUGAACUUCAGAUGCGUCUGCAAAAGCCAAAGUGAUCUGAGGUUCGAAGAGCUUUAUCAAGCAAUGAACCUGCAUGUUUUCUGCUCUAUCCUGGAUCAAAGCACCGUGGCCAAUAAUUUUGAAAGCAAUGAGGCACCUUCUCUAUUUUCUCUAAAAACUGAGUAAAUUAGAUGUCCAUUCUAGAUUUAAAUGGUUAGUGAGGAAACAAUGUGUACAACAUGAAUAGAAAAUCUGGGAAGUACUUGCAGGGAUGUCUCAACAGAUCUGGUAUCUUCAUCUUGUCACCUGAAACAGUAAACUCCAGCUUGGCUCUUUCAUUCUAAUCAUAUCAUACUUUGAAGAAAAAUAAUUAGAUGGAAAACCAUGCCAAAGAAAACCACCCAACAAUUUUGGAAGGUUAUCUUUAAAUUCCAUAUUAUGGUAUGGAGUCUAUCCCUACCACUCCAUCAAUUUAAUCUCAUUAUUUUACAAGAAUCCAAUGAAACUGAAACAUCUCUGAAGAGGUUACUGUACACACUGAAGCCAACAGGUGUGUGCUGGUAAGGACUGGGCUACAGUUACAGAGGAGAAUUGCCAGUGGAUGGGAGGUACUGUACUUAAUCUUUUCCCCAUCUGUCACCAUUUUCCUGUAUUGCCCCUUCCCCCACAAUCUUUCUCCUUACCCAGAUUAGGAUUUAGGCAGCAGAUUGAAAAGAUAACAAAUGUUUGAUUGAUCUACUUUUACUUCCAGGAGAAGAUAGAGAUGCUUGUAGGAUUUUCUCCCUGCAAGUUAUCAUCCAGAUAACUUGGCCUAAGCUCGAACGUAAUGGACUUCUGUGAAAACGGCUCCACCUGAGAUAACUAAAUAUCUUGGUUGGUCUUGCAAUCAUUUAUUUCUCCAGUGUGGAAAUGCUGUUCUUACGCCAAUGGCUACAGGAUCACUUUCUUGGACCCAGAUGAAGACAUUUUAAUAUUUUCAGGCUUGGAAAUGAUAGUUUUAUUUUUGCUGCACCUAUUUUAUUCAAGUUUAAUUGCUACUUUUAAUUUUGUUUUCACUAUAGGUUUUUUAUUUUUAAUGGGUUUAAGAAUAAGGUAAUGUUAUUAGUAUUUAAGCUAAGUUGUUUUGUUAUCUUUUAUUGUAUUGUCUUGCUAGCUUUGGCAGACAAGUGGCCUCAAACUCUUAAAUAAAUCAGUAAAAUGCAA